AUGUCGCUUAAAUUACCUCAAGCUCCUAAUGCUGGGUUGUUUAAACAGGGUUACCAAACCCACUCCAACGCGGACGGUGCCUUGAUCCGUAACAUCCAAGCGGUACGUGAAAUUUCAUCUAUCUUGCUCACUUCAAUGGGGCCAAGUGGUAGAAACAAGAUCAUCGUCAACCAGCACGGUAGAAUCUUCAUCACCAACGACGCUGCCACCAUGCUCAAUGAAUUGGAAGUGGUUCACCCGGCCGUGAAAUUGCUCAUUAUGGCAUCUCAACAACAAAUGAUGGAGAUGGGUGAUAACUCCAAUUUAGUAAUCAUAUUGGCUGGAGAGUUUUUGAACGCCGCUGAAAAAUUGGUCACCUUGGGAUUGAGCCCCACUGAGAUCAUUCAGGGUUACACUUUAGCAAACAAAUUUGUUGGAGAAGCCUUGGAAAAGUUGGUUGUCGACAAGGUGACAUCUGUUACCGAGCCACUGGAAUUGCUCAAGGCAAUUAAGCCUGUAGUUAUGUCCAAGCAAUACGGAUUUGAAGAUUUGAUUUCCAAGUUGAUUAUCGAAGCUGUCUCAACCAUAUUGAACCCAAAGAAUCCUUCUUCUUUCAACAUCGACUCUGUUAGAGUUGUCAAGAUUAUGGGAUCUUCACUCAGUGAGUCCAAAGUAAUCAAGGGUAUGGUUUUCCCAAGAGAACCGGAGGGCCACAUCAAAAACAUCAAGCAAAAAUCGAAGGUGGCCAUCUACACUUGCCCAAUCGAUAUCUCCACCACUGAAUCCAAGGGUACCGUGUUGUUGCAUAACGCUAAGGAAAUUUUGGAUUUCUCCAAGGGUGAAGAGCAGCAGUUGGACCAAAUGUGUAAAGAAAUCUCAGACGCUGGUGUCAAGGUUGUUGUAGCAGGAGCCAACGUUGGAGAAUUAGCAUUACACUAUUUCAACAAGUAUGGUAUUUUAGUGUUAAGAGUUCCAUCUAAGUUCGAUUUAAGACGUAUUUGUCGUGUUUGUGGUGCCACACCAUUACCAAGAUUAGGUGCCCCAAUGCCUGAAGAAAUGGGUUCCAUUGAUUACAUUGAAACCAAGGAAAUCGGUGGUGACAGAGUCACUAUUUUCAGGCAAGAAGACGGUGCCAACUCUACGUCAAGAACUGCCACAAUUUUAAUAAGAGGUGCUACCCAAAAUCACUUGGAUGAUAUCGAAAGAGCCAUAGAUGAUGGUGUCAACUCAGUAAAGGCAUUGUUACAAGAUAAUAGAUUAUUACCAGGUGCAGGUGCCGUAGAAGCAGAAUUGAUUAAAUUAAUCACCCAAUACGGAGAAAAAACUCCAGGUUUAUUACAGUUGGCCAUCAAAGAGUACGCUAAUUCCUUUGAAGUCAUUCCAAGAGCCUUGGCUGAAACCGCUGGUUUAGAUGUCCAAGGUAGUUUGAGUAAGUUGUACGCCGGUCACUCUGACAAACAAAAGGAAGAAGACAAGGAAGCGAUCGUAGAUGGUUUACGUCUUGGUUUAGACAUUGAUGGAGAGUCGUCCACUGGACUUGUUGAUACCGUUGAAUUCGGAAUUCUUGAUUUAUUAGCUGCUAAGAAGUCUGCUAUUAACUUGGCUACCGAUGCUACAAACACCGUCUUGAGUAUUGAUCAAAUUAUCAUGGCAAAGAGAGCUGGAGGGCCAGUUAUGCCAAAACAACAGAGACCAGGUAACUGGGAUCAAGCUGAUUAG